UGAAGAGGAUUAAAGUCAGCCGUACAAUAUUGGUCCGGUCCUAACCGAACUAUUGCACACUCCUCCGGUGGGCAAGAUGAAGGGCAUUGAUAAAAGGAAGAGAGAACCCGCAGCCGUUGGAUCAAUAAUCAAUCCGAUUGGCCGCUAAAUCGUAAAUAUUGUGCUACCGCCGUACUGCCGGCAGCGGACUUUCCGAUUUCCCUCCGCCGUGCCGUCUAAAAACCCCUUUCACUCCUUCGCUCUCCCCCGCCCUAAAAACCCCUCAAGCAGCCAGCUUCUUCUUCUUUUACCUCUGCCAGCUCCGACUUUCCGCUCAACAGCUCAGGUCAGAAUCAAUCGCCUCCAUCUCUCUUUCUUUCACGAACUCUUCCCCACUCAAUGUAGGGUUUGGAUUCGUUUAAUCCAUGCGAAAUUCUAAUCGUAUGAGUAAUGCAUUUUUUUUUUGCCGGAAUUUCCUGUUUACCGUAUGUUGAUUUGAUGAGUAAGUAGUACGCCGAUGGUAGAUUUUGAGGGAGUAGUACUACUGAAAGGUGCAUUUUGCCAGUUUCAUCAACCCCUCCCUGAAUUGGAUAAUCUGUUUACUCAUCCAAAACCCUAGUUUCUCACUCUACUGCUUGGAAGAACAGCUGAAGGAACGGAUGAGAUUGGUUGAUUGAUUAGUGUUGACUUGUUUGUUUCGGCGGUAACAGGCAUGGUGGACCCGUGGUGGUCGUUGCUAGGAGCAGCGAUUCCAGCCGUGAUCGCAGGCCAGGCUUUCAGGGUGAAGAAGAAGAGAGCAGAGGAGCAGAGGCUGAAGAGCGCGAGGGGCAGGGAGAAGAGCUCCGACGAGAUCUUUGUCUGCGAGAGGGUGUGCACUUCCAAGCGGAUGUUGAAGAAGAUGGGCUCGCUGUCGAAAGACCCGAUCGUCGAUACCUGCGUCACCGUCUGUGGCGUCUCCGAGAUCGAUGCCUGUGCGGAUGCCUGUGCUCGAACAGUGUGUGUGAACCAGCAUCAGGUUCCAAACUGGAACGAUGUUUGCCUGAGGAGGUGCCAGAGCGAGUGCCUGAGGCUCUCUAAUAUCCCUGCUGCUUCUUGAUACUUGGUAGUAAGAGGUUUUUUUUCUUCCACCUUUGUUCCUCUAGGUAUAUGAUCAUGUUUGAGUCUUAUCCAUCCUUUUUCUCGACGAUGCUAUCGAUCGAGCCAUGACACCAGUUUAUCUGUGGCUUCUUUCAUCUUGUAUGUUCUGGUUAGCUUGGUAAAUGUUCAUAUGGUUCUUUCACCACCCCCCAUAAUUUCUUUCCAUGUUAGUUCAAUCAGCCAAUGACUCCCUAUAUCUCCAAGAACAACCAGAACGCUCACCACGCAGGGCUUGUCUUCUGAUUUAUGGAAGGCUGGCUAUUCGGGUAAAUGUUCCAUUUCCCCAGUCGCGAUCUUUAGGUGCCGGCUAAGGGGAGAGGUUUUGGGACGAUGAGUAAGUGAGAACCAUAUUGUGGGGGUUAAUGUCCCCAAAAAAGGGCCAUUUUGGGA